AUGUCUUACAACAUCCACCAGCAAGUAUUCGCCCUCUCUGCCGCGUCCAAUAUCUUGUCGGCGUGCGAGGGGACACAGGAGGCUUUGCAGACCAAGCUAAACUCGGCUUUGCAGCCAGCCAUCACGAACGCCGGCAUCGGCGACUGGAGUGUCGUCUGGGGGCCCAAUGUUUGGAAGGCCAACCCUGCCAGCGCAACGACGGGACCCGACCGCGUUUGGUACAUCGCACGCAACCCCUCUGCGAAUUUCGGGGACGCGUCGUACGACACCUACGUUCUGGCCGUCGCUGGAACUGCGAAAGGCUCACUUGAGAACGUAAUCCUAGACGCGUACGUGAGCAAAGUCGUCGACUUCAUCGACUGGGUGGAAACUGGAAUCACCAGCGCUCCGGAGGCAGCGACCACCGUUGAUCAGACGAAGCCGUACAUUGCAUAUGGGACAGCGGCCGGCAUAUUCACCCUCUUAACCGUUGGUAACGCCGCUAAGCAGACCAUCAUCGAGUUUCUGGCCACCAUUCCCCCAACCUCUCGUAUUAUAUUCACCGGACACAGUCUUGGGGGUGCUUUGGCACCUUCCGUCGCGUUGGCUCUGCUGAAAGCAGGGGUCCUCAAGAAUGCACCAGAGAAUGUCUUCACGUACCCAACCGCAGGUCCAACCGCAGGCAAUGGACCGUUUGCGGCUCUGUUCGCGAGGGAUUUCCCUCUGAUCUCUGAUGGUCCCUCUCCUUAUCAGAUGUGGAAUGGGAAUCUUGCAAACAAAUUGGACAUCGCUCCCCUUGCAUGGAAUAUCGACUCCUUACGCUCGAUCCCUACGCUUUACGGCGUACUACCAUAUCUUCUCGGUAAGGUAGUCGAGAUCACUGCCAACAGCGCCAUUGCCAUGGCCAAAGCAUCAGGCGUGGGGUACGUCCCCCUUCAAGGACAAACGUUCACCGGACCUACGCCGACUCCGCCGGGGAAUCUGGAAGUGUACCUCCGAACAGCUUUACAAGAACACACAUCAGCAUACAUAUCACUCAUUGGGGCGCCCAGAAUUCCCCUUCUAUGCAAACCAGCGUCAUCCACGGGGCAGGCCCGAGGCCUUCCGAUUCUCGAUGGUCUCUAUCAAGCACGUCUCGAGGAGAUGGAAAUGGAGAGGUUGGAAAAGGAGGGAGAAUAG